UCUUUCAGUCAUUUCAGUCGUUUGUAGUCGCACUACCCUGAAACAAUACAACAGGAUGCAGUUUUGGAGUAUUCUACUGUUUUCGUUUGCGGUUCUGCUAGGAACUGCUUCAGCAGUGGGCUCACCUCGAAUUUCUGGUGGCACCAUUGCUUCACCUACCGACAUUCCGUGGGCUGCCGGUGUCAUCAUCCACGGAGGAACUUCGGGCCAUGACUUUUGCAGUGCAGUUUUGAUUUCACCUCGCCAUGUGCUGACUUCGGCCGAUUGUGUUUCUGGGGCAAUUGAAGUCACAGUGGCUCUGAAUGCUAGUACCAUGACCAGCAUUGGAACUCUGAUGAGUGUGGCGAACGUUCUAAUUCACCCGGGUUGGACUUCGCUGUUACGUCGUGAUGAUCUUGCUAUCCUAACGCUCAAUCAGGAUGCUCCAAUCGACAACGAAACCAUCCGUCCGGUUAACAUGCCCCGUAGAUCCGAUGCCAGUAACAGUUUUGUUAAUUAUGUCGCGACCACGGCAGGUUGGGGAAAUACUGGAAAUCGUGACAAUGAACCCAUUCCCACGGAAAACCUGCGAUUUGCUGUGGAUACUGUAACAUCAAACACGAUUUGUCAACUUUCCUACACCUGGGUUAGAAGCACUCAUAUCUGCAUUGGAACUGACGAUGGCGGUCCGUGCAACGGUGACGAAGGAGGUCCAGUGACAGUUCAGGAAGCUGGCCGAAUUUACUUAAUUGGAGUACAUUCGUUCCAUUUCAACGGAAUUCGUGGAUGCGACCGUGGCCGAUCGGCCGUGGCCACCAGAAUAACUGACUAUUUGGAUUGGCUUGCGGAGAACUCCGAUACAAUUAUUCCUGAAUAGAGUUGUAUUUUUUUAUUGUAUAGCAGUCGAUUAUGGUCAAUAAAUUAUCGAUAUGCUGUUAUCGAGAAACUGAUAA